AUGCGAUGGCCCCCAAGGCAAUGUGACAUGACGAGGUGCGGCGAGCAUCGGGGAUAUUCAGGACGUGAGGAUGGCCCGCCGCGGCACGACGAGACGUUGAUGGCUGUGACGCGCCUCGAAGUGCAGGCAUGGAAGAUGCAGGCGCGACGGCUCUCAACCGAGGCCCGUGCGGAAGAGCACGCGGCCUCUGAGCUUCGAGCCGAAGUGGCUUCCGAGACAUCCAAGGCGCAUCUGGCGAAGCAGGCCUUCUUGGCACAGACGCAUGCUGAAACGGAUGUUCUCCAGCAUGGCGCGAGGUGCACUUGCUCGAAAGAGCCGCCGCUGAAGUUCGGAAUUCAGUUGCUGAGGAGCAACAGGAGCGACACCGCUCUUCGCCGGAAAUGCUCCAGGCCUUGCGGCAAGGAGAGCUGGAAGCACAGAUUGCGCGAGUGCAGCAUUUCUGGACCAAACGACAUUCGGAGGCCGUGUGCCAGCAGAUGCGAGGUUUACAACGCCAUCGUGACGAAAUCCAUGUCGAGGAGCAUGCUUGGCUGCGAAAAGAGGUUGAGUUCACGGAGCAGUGGCAAGCUUGCUCAGAGCACUUAG